AUGCCGCUGCCCGGAUGUUCGAUGUCACAGCUGCAUGUUGGCGACGGGGCAGCCGCGCUGGUGACCUGCAUUGCCGUCGCACUGAUCUGCCUUGCUAUGCACCGGCACUGGGACGAAUUAUCAGACCGGACGGUGCUAAUUGAGGUGGCAGGAUUGUGCCUGUGCCUGACUUGCAAUGCAUUCUUGAUUUGGGACGGCUGGUGGAGUUUGUGUAUUGCGGACCAGGACGAUCGAGUAUCUCUGCUGCUCUGGGUGCCAGGGAACGCCUUAUUUUCUUUUGGGUAUUUUGCUUUGGUCAAAGGUGAGUUGACGGAGAGCCAACUCUGCGAGCGUCUCGGCAUAUGGCUCUUGCUGACAGGUUCUGUCUUGGACCAGUAUGCCGCCUGGAUGUACGAGGAGACGUUGGAGUCCGACAGUCCAUACCAGUUGGUCAAAGGGCUGCUGGACUCAGAGCACGAAAGCACCUUUAGUGCUUUGCUCGAGGUUUGGGGCUUGAUUCUUCUGAGUCUUGUAUAUGCUGAUGCUGUGCAGCUUGAGAGAUUUUACACGGAGCAGACUGCAUACCUUAUGCUGAUCCUGAGUGCCUCCUGGGCAAUGUUCCGGCGGGACGCGGAAUCUGUCGUAGGGGUUGCAGCCGAAGCUUCCGAAAUGUUAGGUUUGUGUUGCUUUCUCUACGUCCACUAUGCACUAUCAGCGGCGCGAAAUCCUAGUCGAUCAUGCAUUAUGACCUUUGCUUGGACAACUGGCAGCACGGCUUUAAUGUUUCUGCUUGCCAUCGUCUUGUACGUCUGUACAUGUGGAGUGGCUGCGACACUCGUUGCAGCUUACUUCUGGAUUUGGUAUGCCGGCUAUUUGUCUUUGAUGCUGCUCAGAUAUUGCAACGAAGCUGUGCCGCCUGAUGGUUCAUAUCUACCCGAGACAGCCACUGAAACAGAGAAAGACGACGGCAGCUCCGCCACACACUCAGAAACCUUGAAAUCGAGGGAUACAUUUGAAGACAACAUGUGCCACUGCCCGCGCGCAAACGUCGCGCAGCCUUAUAUGCGGUAUGCCUAUUCUACGUCUUCUACGUUUUCGGCAUGA